AUGUGGAAUCACAUUUCAAUAUACUUAAACCGUAACUUUAAAUGGUUCAAUGCCCGCACAUCGUAUAAUUCUAAGUUUUUUGGCUUAUUUGAAAAGCACUCUGCCGCAAAAUGUGUUGCAAAUAUACGGUUUUAUUCAGUAGGUGUUUUUGAACGCACAAAACCACACAUAAAUAUUGGCACAAUUGGCCACGUUGAUCAUGGAAAAACGACCCUAACAGCUGCACUUACAAAGACUUGUAGCCAAGCUGGACGCGGUUCAUUCACUCCCUAUGAUCAAAUAGACAAGGCGCCUGAAGAACGAAGGCGUGGGAUUACCAUUUCAGCGACGCAUGUUGAAUAUGAAACUGAAAAUAGGCACUACGGGCAUGUUGACUGUCCUGGUCAUGCUGAUUAUGUUAAAAAUAUGAUUUCAGGGGCAGCUCAAAUGGAUGGCGCAAUAUUGGUUGUAUCGGCCACAGAUGGGCCAAUGCCACAGACACGUGAACAUCUGUUACUGGCUCGCCAGAUUGGAUUACCAAAAUUAGUGGUGUUUUUGAAUAAAUUGGACAUGGUUGAGGAUUUGGAGUUAUUAGAAUUGGUUGAACUUGAAGUGCGUGAACUGUUGACUGAACAGAAAUAUGAUGGUGAAAAUACUCCAAUAAUCAGAGGUUCAGCAUUGAAAGCAUUGCAAGGCGAUAUUGAGAUGAUGAAAUCAAUUGAACAACUAUUAAAGGCUUGCGACGCUUACUUAGAUACACCUGCUAGAAAAUCAGAUUUACCCUUAUUAAUAUCCAUUGAUGACGUGCUUAAUAUUCCUGGAAAGGGUGUAGUGGCAACUGGUAGAAUUGAGCAAGGGAAAGUCAAGCCUGGAGAUGCUGUAGAAGUCAUUGGAGGUUCAAUGAUUCCGAAAAAGACCGUCAUAGCUGGGAUUGAAAUGUAUCGUAAAACACUAUCGGAAGGUUUGGCUGGUGAUCAAGUUGGCAUAUUGCUUAAAAGCUUUAAAAAGAACGAGAUUUCCCGAGGCUAUGUAGUAUCAGCGCCAGGGAGCUAUAAAUGCCAUCAAACAUUUGAAGCAGAACUUUAUGUGCUUACUCAUGAAGAGGGGGGGAGAAAGAAUGGAUUUGCGUCUAACUAUAGGCCCCAAGCAUUCAUACGUACAGGGGAUGCCAAUUGUUCAGUUAUUUUACCGGAUAGUGUGGAAAUGGUAAUGCCAGGUGAUAGUGUCAAAUGUACGAUAGAACUGAUCAGGCCCAUGCCAUUACAUAAUGGUUUGCGAUUCGCUUUGAGGGAAGGUGGUAGAACAAUUGCUUCAGGCAUAGUAUCUAAUAUUACUAAAUGA